CAAGCUGUCAGCCCAUGUGGCGUGGCCAUAGAGCAUGUCAGACAUUUAAAUUAAAGAGAAAGAAUCAAAGAAGCAAGAGAAAUUCAGAGAGGACACAGGGAGCAGUAAAGAUCGCCAUUUGUCAGAAACCGGCAGGACCAGGUACAAAGAAAAACAUAAGAUAAAGGGACGUGGAGAGGAUACACCAUUAGCGACUGAUACACCAUUUCGUGCGUAUGCCAAGGCUAGCCAAGCAUCAGAGAAACAUGGAGGAGAUCGUAAUAGCUGGAAUUUCAGGCCGACUGCCUGAGUCCAACAACCUGGAGGAGUUUUGGGAGAACCUCUUCAAUGGCGUGGACAUGGUGACCGAGGACGACAGGAGGUGGAAGCCAGGUUUGUACGGCUUGCCCAGGAGAAACGGAAAACUGAAGGAGAUCAAUAAAUUUGAUGCCUCUUUUUUUGGAGUUCACCCUAAGCAAGCCCACACCAUGGACCCCCAACUCAGAAUCAUGUUAGAGGUCUCAUAUGAAGCCAUUGUAGAUGGAGGUAUAAACCCAGUGUCCAUGCGUGGUUCUAAAACGGGAGUGUACAUCGGUGUCAGUGGUUCAGAAGCUGGAGAGGCUUUCAGCCGGGACCCAGAGGAGCUUCUGGGGUACAGCAUGACAGGCUGCCAGCGCGCCAUGUUCGCCAACCGACUCUCCUACUUCUUCGACUUCAACGGCCCCAGCACUGCCAUCGACACGGCCUGCUCCUCCAGUCUGCUGGCUCUGGAGAAUGCCUUCAACGCCAUCCGGCACGGGCAAUGCGACUCUGCCCUGGUGGGCGGGGUCAACCUGCUGCUCAAACCCAACACCUCUGUGCAGUUCAUGAAACUGGGCAUGCUCAGUCCCAACGGCACCUGCAAGUCUUUUGACUCUUCAGGUGAUGGUUACUGUCGCUCGGAGGCCGCCGUGGCUGUGCUGCUGACCAGGAGGUCUAUGGCAAGGAGAGUAUAUGCCACAAUCCUCAACGCUGGCAACAACACAGACGGCUACAAGGAACAAGGUGUGACCUUCCCUUCUGGAGAGAUGCAGCAGCGUCUGGUACGCUCUCUCUACCAGGAGGCCAACAUCUCCCCUGAGCAAGUAGAGUAUGUGGAGGCCCACGGGACGGGCACCAAGGUCGGUGACCCACAGGAAGUGAAUGGCAUUGUCAGCGUCUUCUGCGAGUCCACGCGGGAUCCUCUUCUGAUUGGCUCCACCAAAUCCAACAUGGGCCAUCCUGAGCCAGCGUCUGGCCUGGCUGCUCUUGCCAAGGUCGUCCUGUCCCUGGAGCACGGCAUGUGGGCCCCCAACAUCCACUACAACAGCCCCAACACGGACAUCCCCGCGUUGACGGACGGCAGGGUGCGCGUGGUCUCCGAGCCCCUCCCCGUCAAGGGCGGCAUCGUGGGCAUCAACUCCUUCGGCUUCGGGGGCUCGAACGUGCACAUCAUCCUGCGGCCCCCCGGGGCCCCUGCUCCCCCACCCGGGCCCCAGGAGGCCCCCGCGGUGCCCAGGCUCCUGCAGGUGUGCGGGCGCACGGAGGAAGCAGUCCGCACGCUCAUAGAGGCAGCGAAGCAACACAGCACCAACGACAGCUUCCUGAGCCUGGUCAACGAGGUGUCAGGCGUGCCCACGGCGGCCAUGCCCUACAGAGGCUACGCUCUGAUUGGCAGCCCUUCGGACGUAUCGGAGGUGGAGCAGGCGCAGGCCACGCCCAGGCCCCUCUGGUACAUAUGCUCAGGGAUGGGCACGCAGUGGGCAGGCAUGGGCCGCAGUCUCAUGCAGGUGCAGGAGUUUCGGGAGUCCAUCCUGCGUUCUGACGAUGCGCUGCAGCACACCGGGCUCUGCGUGUCGCGCCUCCUGAUGGAGGCUGACGAGAGCACCUUCGAGGACACGGUCCACGCCUUCGUGGCCCUCGCCGCCAUCCAGAUCGCUCAGAUCGACCUGCUCCAGAACAUGGGCUUGCAGCCGGAUGGCAUUGUGGGACACUCGGUGGGCGAGCUGGCGUGUGGCUACGCCGACAGCUCCCUCAGUCACAGUGAGGCCAUCCUGGCGGCCUACUGGAGAGGAAGGAGCAUCAAAGAGGCCAACCUGCCCCCCGGCGGUAUGGCAGCAGUAGGCCUGACUUGGGAGGAGUGCAAGGCUCAGUGCCCACAGGGCGUGGUGCCAGCGUGCCACAACGCUGAGGACACGGUCACCAUCUCUGGCCCACAGGAGUCCGUCAGCCAGUUUGUGGCGCAUCUGAAGGAGACCGGGGUGUUUGCUAAGGAAGUGCGCAGCGCAGGUGUGGCCUUCCACUCGUACUACAUGGCCUCGAUCGCCCCGGCCCUGCUGUCUGCGCUCAAGAGGGUGAUAAAGACCCCAAAGCUGCGGUCGGCCCGCUGGAUCAGCACCUCCAUCCCGCAGGCGGACUGGGAGAGCCCCCUGGCCCUGUACUCCUCCGCAGAGUACCACGUCAACAACCUGGUGAGCCCGGUCCUGUUCCAGGAGGGGCUGAGCCUGGUGCCCGAGAACGCCGUGGUGGUGGAGAUCGCCCCACACGCCCUGCUGCAGGCGAUCCUGAGGCGCAGCCUGAAGCCGUCCUGCUCAAUCGUGCCGCUGAUGAAGAGAGGACACGCCAACAACCUGGAGUUCUUCCUCUCCCACAUCGGCAAGGUCUACAUGCGCGGGAUUAACGUGGACAGCAACAGGCUGUACGCUCCUGUGAGUUACCCUGUGCCCACUGGCACCCCUCUGAUCUCCCCCCGCCUUGGCUGGGACCACUCUCAGGACUGGGACGUCCCGCGCCCGGAGGACUUCCCUGCAGGGUCAGGGGGAUCCACCUCCGCCACUGUCUACAACAUCGACAUGAACCCUGAGUCUCCGGACUACUACAUGAUGGGGCACUGCAUCGACGGGCGGGUUCUGUACCCGGCCACCGGCUACUUGGUGCUGGCCUGGAGGACCCUGAUGAGGAGCCUGGGGGCCGUGAUGGAGCAGACCCCCGUCAUCUUCGAGGACGUCACCAUUCACCGCGCCACCAUCCUGCCAAAGACCGGAACGGUUCAGCUGGAGGUCCGCCUCAUGCCUGCGACCAACAAGUUUGAGGUGUCGGAGAACGGCAACCUCACAGUCAGCGGCAAAGUCAGCAUCUUGGAGGAGAAGGCCAUGGACACCUUCCGCUCCCAGAUGAGCCAGCCCGUGGGGGAGUCCGAGGACAACAACCCCAAACUGCGCCUGACCGCCAGCGACAUCUACAAAGAGCUGCGUCUGCGGGGCUAUGACUACGGCAAAACCUUCCAGGGCAUUCUGGAGUCUAACAAUGCUGGGGACUGUGGGAAGCUGGAGUGGAGUGAUAACUGGGUGACCUUCCUGGACACCAUGCUGCAGAUGAUCGUGGUGGGCCUGGCAGGGCGGAGCCUGCGUCUGCCCACCCGCAUCCGCUCUGUCUGUGUGGACCCCACGCUGCACGCUGAGAGAGUGCAGGACUACGCAGAGGGCAAGAGAGCUGUGGGCGUGCAGGUGAACCGCUGCUUGGACAGCAUUGUAGCGGGAGGAGUUCAGAUGUGCGGCCUUCACGCCACGGUGGCCCCGCGUCGCCAGCAGCAGCAGACCCCGCCCACGCUGGAGGAGUUUGUGUUCGUGCCCUUCUCCGACGGCGAGUGCCUGAGGAGCAGCGAGAAGCUGGGAGACCAGCUGAGGCACUGCAAAGGUCUGAUCCACAGGCUGCAGAGGAAGCUGGCCCAGCAGGGCGUGAAGUUCUCCAUCCCCGGCCUGGAGGGGGCGACAGAGGGCCAGCUGAUCGGGGCUGAGUCGGAGCAGGGCCUGCUGAGGCUGCUGUCGGUGCUGUGCAGCCUGGAGCUGAACGGGAACCUGCACUCUGAGCUCCAGCAGACCGUGCAGAAGGAGAGGGACUGUCUCCUGCAUGACCCCCUGCUCAACGGCCUGCUGGAGUCCCCCGCCCUGCGCCACUGCCUGGACCUCGUCCUGGAGAACAGCACGCCUGGCAGGGUCAAAGUGCUGGAGGCUUUGGCUGGAGAUGGACGCAUGUUCUCCCGAGCAGUCGGCCUCCUCAACAUCCAGCCCAUGCUGCAAUUGGACUACACGGCCACCGACGUGGCUGCUGAAGUGCUCACCGCCCACCAGUCCUCUUUGGAGGGCCUGGGAGUCUCCGCCGGCCAGUGGGACCCCCUCAGCGCCCCCGCCCCCGGCAACAUGGCGGGAGCCGACCUGGUGAUGUGCAACUGCGCUCCCGGCCCCCUGCCCAACCCCGCGGAGGUGUUGGGGAACCUCGUUUCAGGGGUGAAGGAGGGAGGGUUUUUGUUGCUACACACCCUGCUGAAGGGAGACACGCUGGGCGAGACUGUGGGCUUCCUGACCACGCAGAACCACCAGCAGAACCUGCUGUCACAGGUGGAGUGGGAACAGGCGUUUGCCGAGGCCUCCCUCCGUGUGGUUGCCAUGAGGAAGUCCUUCUACGGUUCUGCGCUCUUCCUCUGUCGCCAUCUGGCCCCCAGCAAACAGCCCAUCUUCCUGUCUGUGGAUUCAAUGGACUACCAAUGGGUGGAAACCCUGAAGUCCACCCUGGCCCAGGCCUCAGACACCCCUGUGUGGCUCACGGCAACCCAGGGACACUCUGGAGUGGUCGGAAUGGUCAACUGCCUCAGGCAGGAACCAGGCGGCAACCGCAUAAGGUGUGCGUUUGUGUCCAACCUGAGCACGGCGUCGGCUGCCCCCUCUCUUGACCCCUCCCACAUGGACCUGCAGGAUGUUCUGGAGAAGGACCUGAGUGUCAAUGUGUACCGCGAUGGACAGUGGGGUGUCUUCAGACACCAGCUCAUUCCACAGGAGCUGAACGAGGAGCUGACGGAGCAGGCCUACGUGAACGUGCUGACGCGCGGUGACCUCUCGUCUCUGCGCUGGAUCGUCUCUCCUCUGCGCCACUUCACCUCCAGCAACCCCAACGUGCAGCUCUGCCGUGUCUACUUCUCCUCCCUCAACUUCAGGGACAUCAUGCUGGCCACCGGCAAGCUGCCGCCCGACGCCAUUCCAGGAGACCUGGCGCUGCAGCAGUGCAUGCUGGGAAUGGAGUUCUCCGGGCGUGACCCCAGCGGGCGUCGCGUGAUGGGCCUGCUUCCCGCCAAGGGCCUGGCCACCUGUGUGGAUGCUGACAAGCGCUUCCUUUGGGACGUGCCGGCCAGCUGGACUCUUGAGCAGGCAGCCUCAGUGCCGGUGGUCUAUGCCACAGCGUACUACGCCCUGGUGGUGCGUGGGCGUCUACGCCCUGGGGAGACUGUUCUGAUCCACUCGGGCUCCGGUGGGGUGGGCCAGGCUGCCAUCGCAAUUGCCCUGAGCCAGCGAUGCCGUGUCUUCACUACUGUCGGCUCUGCCGAAAAGCGGGCCUACCUGCAAGAUCGUUUCCCUCAGCUGAACGCAGAGUCCUUCUCCAACUCCAGAGACACCAGCUUUGAGCAGCACGUGCUGCUGCACACUCAGGGCAAAGGAGUGGAUUUGGUACUGAACUCUCUGGCAGAAGAGAAGCUCCAGGCCAGUUUGCGUUGCCUGGCACGGCACGGACGCUUCCUGGAGAUCGGCAAAUACGACCUGUCCAACAACUCUCCCCUCGGCAUGGCACUCUUCCUGAAGAACGUGGCCUUCCACGGCAUCCUACUGGACGCGCUGUUCGAGGAGGGGAACCGCGAGUGGGAGGAGGUGUCCGAGCUGCUGAAGGGGGGGAUCGCCGGUGGCGUGGUCCAGCCCCUGCGCACCACCGUCUUCGAGAGGAACCAGGUGGAGGAGGCCUUCCGCUACAUGGCCCAGGGCAAGCACAUCGGCAAGGUCCUCCUGCAGGUGCGUGGCGAGGAGAAGGGGGCAGGUGUGCAGCCCGUGCCUCUCUCUCUCCCUGCGAUCUGCCGAACCUCCUGCCCCGCCACCCACUCUUACAUCAUCACUGGAGGCCUGGGUGGCUUCGGCCUGGAGCUUGCCCAUUGGCUGACGGAGAGGGGGGCUCGUAAACUUGUGCUGACGUCUCGCUCCGGGAUCCGAAACGGUUACCAGGCCAAGCGAGUUCGUGAGUGGCAGGGGAUGGGCGUCCAGGUUCUGGUGUCCACCAGUGAUGUCAGCACCAUGGAAGGCACGCAGCGCCUCAUUUCUGAGGCUGGAAAACUGGGCCCCGUCGGGGGAAUCUUCCAUCUCGCUAUGGUCCUGAAAGACGGAAUGCUUGAGAACCUGACUCCUGAACACUUCCUGGAUGUCAACAAACCUAAAUAUAAUGGCACCAUUCACCUGGACCGGGUGACAAGGGAGCUGUGUCCGGAGCUCAGCUACUUCGUGGUGUUCUCCUCCGUGAGCUGCGGCCGCGGGAACGCCGGCCAGAGCAACUACGGCUUCGCCAACUCCACCAUGGAGCGCGUGUGUGAGCAGAGGAGGCACGCCGGGUUUCCCGGCCUGGCUGUGCAGUGGGGCGCCAUCGGCGACGUGGGCGUGGUGCUGGAGACCAUGGGCGGGAACGACGCCGUCAUCGGUGGCACCCUGCCCCAGCGCAUCGCUUCCUGCAUGGAGGUCCUGGACCGCUUCCUGAACCAGCAGCGGCCCGUCAUGUCCAGCUUCGUGCUGGCCGAGAGGGCGGUGUCAGCCAAAAGAGAGGGGACGGGGCAGAGGGACCUGGUGGAGGCGGUGGCCCACAUUCUGGGCGUGCGAGACGUCAGCAGCCUCAACGCAGACUCCUCGCUGGCGGACCUGGGCCUGGACUCGCUGAUGGGCGUGGAGGUACGACAGACGCUGGAGCGCGACUAUGACAUCGUCAUGGCGAUGAGGGACAUCCGCCAGCUGACCAUCAACAAGCUGCGUGAGCUGUCCAGCCAGCAGGGCAGCGCUGAGGAGACCAGGCCGUCUCCUCUGAAGAGGGCCGUUUCUGAGGUCCUGUCGGAGUCUGACCUCAGUCAGCUGCUGGUGAACCCGGACAGCCCCACCAUCACGCGUAUGAACGAGGUGCAGAGUGCAGAGAGGCCCCUCUUCCUGGUGCACCCCAUCGAGGGCUCCAUCACCGCCUUCCGCACCCUCACCGCCAAGCUCAGCGUGCCCUGCUACGGCCUGCAGUGCACCAAAGCUGCUCCCCUGGACAGCAUACAGAGUUUGGCCUCCUACUAUGUGGACUGCGUGCUCCAGGUGCAGCCUGAGGGCCCGUACCGCAUAGCUGGGUAUUCCUUUGGCGCCUGCGUGGCCUUCGAGAUGUGUUCUCAGCUGCAGGCUGCCCAGAAAGCUGUGGAGUACCUCUUCCUGUUUGACGGCUCACACUCCUAUGUGGCAGCGUACACGCAGGUGAGAGCUUCGCUCGCUUGUCUCUCAAAGCUCAUUCCCUGUGCUUCAUCCACAGUCUUACCAUGGCUUUCUUUUGUGCAGAGUUACAGGGCCAAGCUCACCCCAGGCAACGAGUCUGAAGCUGAGACUGAAGCCUUGUGUGCCUUCAUCCAGCAGUUCACUGGCACCGAGUACAACAAGCUGCUGGACACCUUGCUGCCCCUCUCAGACCUGGAAGCCAGAGUGAAUGCGGCAGUGGACCUGAUCACUUCCAGCCAUAAGACCAUGAGCCGGGAAUCCCUGCACUUUGCAGCCUCCACUUUCUACUACAAACUUAAAGCAGCUGACCAAUACGUACCCGCCACCAAGUACCACGGCAACGUCACCCUCCUGCGGGCCAAGGCCAGCAGCGAUUACGGGGAUGGACUGGGCGCCGACUACCGGCUGCAUGAGGUGUGUGAUGGGAAGGUGUCUGUCCACGUAAUCGAGGGUGACCAUCGCACCUUCCUGGAGGGUGAAGGCGUGGAAUCCAUAACUGGUAUCAUUCACAGCUCACUGGCUGAGCCCCGUGUGAGUGCCAGAGAAGGUUAAAGCCCCACCCAGUCCGGUACUGCCAUUCCUGCAACCCGCACACAACAGGGCCCUUCCCCUGUCCCCUAUCCCUGCCUUUCCUCACUGGACAGACUCCACGUCACCCAACACUGGACUGUUCUGAAACCUUUUUCACAGGCUGGACAAUGGCCUUGUCUUCAGCGUCUUGUUUAGUACAAACUUUGACACAGGGUGUUAUCUGCUGUGGGCAAAAGAUACCCCUGUAUCCAUGCUGUACCAAUACAGUUUAUAUGUUUGUUUUCUUUUGUACUGUCCUGUUUAUUUUUUUUAUCAUGUUUUGCAUUAUAAAUUAAGUAUAGAAUGCAUGUUUUUCCAUGACAUCUGCAAUGGCACUAUAUAAUGCCGUGUGGCAACUAAUUUCAGAUGAGGAAAAAAAUCGGUAAUGAUCAAGGCAUCACUAGUGCUUAAACGGUCUGCUAAAGGGUUUUUAAAGCUAUAUCGUAUUUGCAUAUUAAUGCAUGCCCAUAUGUCAAGCUAUAGUUGGCCCUAAUGAUGCAGUCCACGUCAUCUGGCACACUACACACAUUGUAUUACAGUACAGAGAUACCCCGUAUUUGGCUAGAGUUUCCUGAUUAGCACUGUAAAAUGUACUGAAACUGUAAUUUAGUGAAGAGGAUACCAGUAUAAAACAUUGCUUUAGAAUUUAAACACUUUAUUAAUUACAGCAGAAAUACCCUAGAUGGUGUCUUUGUAGGUGUUCUUUCAUUUUGAUGCUGAUUGCAUUGCCCUGCAAAGAUGCUGAUACUGUCUUCAGGAAUUUUGAUAGGAGGAAGAUACAAUGCUCCAUAAUGCAUCAGAACUGCAUCAGCCUGAACAAACCAAAAUAUAUUUACUUUGAGUGUGUUUUUAAAAUAUAAUUACAACACAUGGCAAACCUGUCCGUGCAGCAACACUUCCUGUAUUUUUCCUUGUAAUUACUUGCGUAGUAGAAAAAUGUACAUUCCUGCUAUGAAAGUUAGAGAAUUAGUCAAAAUUUGCCAAAUUGCUUGCUGAGAAGUUCGGUACUGAAGUUCAUGUAUUCAAUUUCAUGGCAUUUGCUGGAAAAAGCUGUAUUGUUUAUUUUAUUCAUGUGGUUUAUUUCUUGGGAUGGCUGAUCUGAGUUCUGCCCCAUUUUAUUCUUGUUUAAUGCUUUGUGUUGUGAAUUAAGGAUUAUUUGGUUUAAAAAACUACUACUGUCAUAGGCCAAAAUACUGCUACGGUGUAACUACUAAAAGAUGUAUCUUGCCAUUUAAAUGUAUGGAAAUUAUUAUAUUGGGAUGUUCCUUUGAUACAUGAUUGUAUGGAUAGUUUUGUCAUUCCAUAUAUCUUUUAAAAAAAGCUAACCUGUUAUUAAUCGGAAUAUUACCAGUACUAAGUUACAUAAGAAACCAUGUGUUCCAAGUCUUUGUAUCCAUCUCCGAAUGCCAAACAGUCUAUUCUGUUUAAACUGUCAUAUUAGCAGCAUUAUCUUUGUCCAAUUCAUUAGUCAGAAAUCUUUGUAGAGUAUAAUUGUAAAUUAUAUAGGUGGAACAGGCAGUUUGUGCCAUUUGGUCCAGAAGAAAUGCACUUAUGUGAAGACCACUAUUCCAGCCAACUGUCACUCCCAGCCCUUAAUUCAUCGACUGGAGAAUGCAAAAGGCGACCGAUUCAGCCAGCAGUCUGAUCUGAUUUCUGAGGCUCAAUCAAGUCAGUGAAGAAUCAGAUUUCUACUUUGUGUCAUUGUUUGCAGUGUUCAGGAGGAGAAACAAUGGAGUGUUCCUCUGUUUUGUUUUAUCAUUAUUGUUCUUUUUUUUUAAUUCUAUGCGGUAAUUUUCAAGUAUUUAUUGUACUAGACCAAAUAAAUAGCUAUCACUAAAAAUUUUA